UGAUUGCGCCGGUUCCUUAUGGCGGCCUAAUGAUCAAAAGGCGGAAGAGGAAGAGCUUAGACCCGACGCGACGCGGUCGCCACGCAUCGAACCCGGAAAUCGGAAAUCUAUUUUAACGAGGAGCGGAGAGCAGGCGAAUCGCACGCGCAGGCCAAUUUCAAUUUAAGAGGAGAGAGGGAUAUAAAUGGAGAGAAGGAGAUGAAAGAUUUCUGCAGGAACCGCCUUUUCCACUUCUCUUAAAUUCUUCACGGCUUGGAGCGAUAGCUAGCAAGAGCGAGGGAGAGAGAGAGAGAGGGAGAGAGAUCGAGUUCGUCGUUCGCGAGCCUGCUCGCUAGCGAUGGGUUCGCCUCUCCUCAUCUCUCCGCUUCUUCUCGCCGUCUCCCUCUCCUCCUUGCUUCUCGCUCGCCCCAGCCCGAUCCCGGACUCCCCGGGCUUCAAACGGGUAAACCUAGAGCAACCAUCUAUUGAUUUCACACCAUCAACACUCUCCGGCCUUCCAUCAGGCCAUGGCACUAAAGAAAUCGUAACGUGUGAACGUGUUGAGGUAAUUGGUCUAUCCCGAUUGAGACUUGGAAGUUACUCCAGUGCACUACGUGUUACUUUGCUUCCAUCAGAAUCAAUUCCGGAAAGAUUACAUGGCAAAAUUCAGGUUUGCUUUCACCGGAACUCUUCUCUCACAUCGUGUGAAUGUGAAAAAGAUGAGUGGAAGAGCAUUCAAAAAGGCAUGUGGAGUUCUGUCAUAUCACCCUAUGAACAUAGAUAUGUUGAUGUCAAAAUCAUCGGUGAAGCUCCUAUUCCUAUCAGAGUCUCCAUUUCUGAAGAGCCUCAACAGUGGCGCCUCCUUUGUCUGGCAUUGGGAUUUAUACUGCUACUGCUGGCCCCAUUUAUUAGCAGCUGGGUUCCUUUCUACUAUAGCAGUUCAAUGGCCAUAGGAGUUUUGCUUGUCAUUAUUAUCCUUCUUUUUCAGGGGAUGAAAUUAUUACCAACUGGGAGAAAAAAUGCCUUCUACCUCACUUUAUAUGGAUCAAUGCUUGGAGCUGGAUCUUUUCUUCUACAUCAGUUCUCAAUGAUGGUGAAUUCAAUUCUUCUCAGUUUUGGAUUUAGUGAGGAGAUGCAUAACCCGGUAUCUGUAUUUUUACUAGUGGGAAUUGUUCUAGCUGGAGCUGCUUUAGGCUAUUGGAUUGUUCGGAAGUUUGUGAUUUCAGAGGACGGGAGUGUGGAUGAUGGGGUUGCCCAAUUUGUGAAAUGGGCGAUGCGUGUUGUUGCUGCUACGUUGAUCUUCCAGAGUACUUUUGACACUCUUUUGGCAGUGGGGGCGCUGGCUUGUUGUUCGGCUACCUGCUUUUUGGUGACUUCAAUUUGGAGUGAGGCAGCGUAUGAGCCGUAUUCUUUGAACUGGAGUCCUACACUGUACUGGCCUCGGCAGCCAUCUGGAAAGUUCAAUCGUGCUGAAUUUCUUGCAAGGUCACCAGACAAUUUCACCAGAGAAAGAUGUGGAAUAGACCUAACAAAUCUGCUGCUUGGUUGGACUCUCCACUUAAAAGUUCUGUAACCCCGCCUGCUAGUCAAUUGACAAGGAACUCUGUGGAUUACUAUUCGACUCUUCACAAGACACCCAACCGAAAGAAGUACACAGAGCAAGAAUGGGAAGACUCGAAGGCACACUGGACCAGGCAAGCUAUGUCAGAGUUGGCAUCCUCUCCGGAGUUCACUGACUGGAUCAUCGAGCAUGCAGACCGAAUACAGAUCACUUCCGGCAAUAAUUCAGAUGAAGCUGUUCGAAGUGAUUCUGACUCCACCAAUGAAGCCACUCUAAACAGUAGCAAUGGGUUCAAAUUAUUUAAUUUCUGGUAGCCAGAUGCAGCAUCUCCACAUUGUAAGAUGCUUGUAAAGCGGUUCUGACUGUUAGUCUGACACAUAGCAUUAGGAUAGUGGGUAGGAGAAAACAUUCUCAGAUGUAGAAUUUUUGUUUGAUUCCAUCAAUCUUGUAUCGUAGAAAAUUUGUCAGUUCACUCUCUGUUCAUUUCUCAUCUUAUUGCUACUAGCAGGCUUACAUUGCAGUCAACUUCUUUUGGUACACAAUCGAAAGGCAUUCGAGGGUUACUUGGAUCAUCAUUAAUGACACAUCUUUAUUCUCCCA